AUCAAACGCGGAGCAUCGCACGCUUCCUCUGCCGGCGGAAAAGUUGGUGAAUCUCUCUCUUUGGGGCACCUCGCGGCUUGGCGGAAAUUCUGCCGGGCCGGAUCUUCCUCCGCCAUCUCCAAACUUCUGUUCUGCUCUGCCCGGACUCGAGACCGUGCAGUUUCCGCCUCUAAACUCCCCCGCCCAUUUUCCACGGUCAUGGCGACCGUUUCCCCGAUAAUGCGGCAGCUGGGCUGCUUCAGAUCGCUCCUGAAGCCUCAGUCCUUGACGCCGGUCCAGUUCAGUCGACCCAUCUCGACUGCGUAUUCUCCGAAGCCAGAGCCGGCGCCUCUUCCCACCAAGAUCCCCAAGUCCCUGCUUUCGCAAUUACCUCCGCGGAUGCAGCCUAACUUCGGGCGCAAGAAGCUCAGGGCCUAUCCUCCGCCUGCCAGCGCUCGUAAGGCGUGCAAAGACCCCGUGAACGCCGUCGCCGAAGCCCAAUUGGCCAGCCUCGAUCCCACCGGCGAACGCAAAGCCCUCUUCGACUACCGACGGAACCCUCGCAGCGUCAAGCCCGGCGACAUCCUCCGCGUGACGUUCAAGAAUGGCGACCCGUUCGCCGGCGUGUGUCUGAGCAUCCGUCUGCGCGGCAUCGACACGUCGUUCCUGCUGCGUAACGAGCUGACCCGAGUGGGCGUUGAGAUGUGGGUGAAGGUGUUCAGUCCGAACGUGGAGAGCGUGGAGAUUGUGCAGAGAUCCGACAAGCGGAAGAGAAGGGCCAGGUUGUAUUACAUGAGACAGCCUAGACAUGACAUGCGCAGCGUCGAGAACAUCGUGUCCAACUACCUCCGCCAGAAGUCCGCUCUUGCCGGUGGUCGUAACAACCGGAGGCGGUGAUUGGAAGGUGAUGCGCGGUUGGAGUUUUGCAUUUGGCGAUUGUAUUAAUAGCACAUGUAUAUGGAAUUUGACGUGGGAUCGUUUAUCUUUUGUACUCUGGAUAGAAAACAAUAUAGGUCUUUUUACUAUGUCCU